AUGAUCCACCAAUCGCCAUCAAUGCCUCCAUCACAGAUGAUGACCGCGAUGGAAUCACUGAAAUUGAGCGAGAGUGGACAGGGACAGACGGGCUCUUCGCAGCAACCACCCCAGAGAGCAACAUCUCAACAAAUGUCCCGUUCGGCCACAACUAAUAGUGCAUCAAAUAUGGCAACUGCUGCUUCAAAUCAAUCAAAUCAAUCGGGUGCUCCUCCUUCUUCAACGGGUGCUUCUAGUCAGCAAUAUCAUUCUUCAACAAAAGCGCCAUCGACGUCUUCAUCUUCAACGUCAUCUGGAACUCAUCCACAUCAUCAACAUCAACUAACCCAUAACGCGUCGUUCUCGGUCACGCCCUCCACCUAUCAGAUGCCGCCGACGACGGCCACGACGACGACAGUAGUCUCGUCUGGAAUGCCGACGUCGUCAUCGUCAUCGGCGUUCCCGAGAAAUACGAGAAAUCGACAAACGUUCCACGGAAAAACUGAAAAGGAUAAGGGUGGAGACGACGGUUCGGACGAUAUUGGCGACACGCCGGGCAACGUUUCAAUCGGUGCGACCGGUCCAUCGGGCACCAAUCCGGAGGGAACGAUUUGGAGUAAAUUGACGAAGCUGACGAGACGUAGCAGCACGGCGGCCGGCCAUCAACCACGUGGCGGAGCAUCAUCACUUCAUCAUUCGAUGUCGAUGACACAAAGCCCAUCCCAACUGUCGUCUCCGUUCACUUUUGCCGCUGCAAUCGUGGCGGCGAAACCUCCUGUUGCUCCGCCUCCUCCUGUUGCUCCUCCCCCGACGAUGACACAGAUGGCUCCACUCCCCCCUCCGUUGCUGACGUCAUCUGGCACGACAGAUCACAAUCGAGAAAGUAUGACACAACCGGUUUCGAGUAGAGCUGGAACCAUUGGAGCAGCUCAAGGACAACACACUGCCGCCGCUCUCGCUGCGAUCCGAGAAACGAGUGGACCACUGACACCCGGUAGCCAGACGGGACCGUCCAUGCCGAUUCAGGAGGGAGAUGUGAAGCCACGAUCGUUGAGAUUCACGUGGAGUAUGAAGACGACGUCGUCGUUGGCGCCGGAUGAUAUGAUGAGAGAAAUCCGAAAAGUGCUCGACGCGAACGGCUGUGACUAUGAGCAGAGGGAACGAUACAUGAUUCUGUGUGUUCACGGAGAUCCCAAUACGGAUUCGUUGGUUCAGUGGGAGAUGGAAGUGUGCAAACUGCCACGUCUCAGUCUGAACGGUGUCCGUUUCAAACGAAUCUCCGGAACGUCGAUAGGAUUCAAGAAUAUAGCUUCGAAAAUUGCACAAGAACUCAAUCUUUAA